UAAUAUUAAUCGCUUCUAGAAUAAAAUAACAUAGUAUUCUGUUUGACUGAUCCCAACUCACUUUGUGUCUUCACACUCAGUUUCAAGAAUCAUCGAAUUUCAGACAUGGCAGAUACUUCGAUUCUGUGUAGUUCUGUAAUGAGAUACACUUUUUUAUUGUCUGUAUAUAUUCUCUUGUAUUUUGUAGGCUAUUCAAUUCAAGAUGAUGGGGUCUCUCAGAAUAAUUCUUAUUUAAUUUCUAGCUUUAGUUAUGCCAAAACUGUGCUUAAGCCUUACGAUUGGCGUUAUGUCAGAGUUGAAUUGCCGCCGUGGUUCUCUUUAAUGGCUGUAGAUUUAGACUCUGAUGUAGACCUUGAUCCCAAAACCUUCACAAAUGGGCCUAAAAGCAAUCUGCCAAUGUUAUGUUUCCGUCAAGGAAGUCCCCCUCUACCUGAUGUUCACAACACUUCUUCAACAGCUAUAAGUCCCAUCACUAACGGGUCCUUUGGAGGAGUGCAAGGAACUCAAAUUUCUGAAGUGUGUUAUCCUAUGCAGAAACAUAUAACAAUGAGAUUUAGCAAUGAGCAGAUCUCUGCAGGAACAUGGUAUGUUGGAUUCUUUAAUGGGAUCGGAGUAACAAGGACGCAGUCUAAAAUGAUAAAUCGAGGUCCGUCAUACUCAUUUAAUGGGAACGUAUCCGUAGAAGGGUGUGUGAUACCCAUGAUGUGGGGAAAGUACUGCAACCAAACCAUUGAUCAGCUUUCAUGUGUUAACACCUACAAUCUAACAACUCAUACAGACAGUGUUAACCAAACAGCAGAAAGUAUGACUUCAUGCAGGAAUGUUGAUGAGGAAUCUUGUAGUCGUGAUCAUGAGCUAAAAGUCUACUAUCUGGACAUCAUGGGAACUUCUGAGAAGAUAAUAAUUUCAGUAAAUAAUAUCAAAUUAAAUCAAACUCAAAAUUUUAACACCACCACAAACAGCAGCAGUAUAGUUCUAAUGUGUUAUGCACGGCAUGGAGCAAUGCCGGCGGAAACUUUGCAUGACUAUUCUGGUAAUAUCAACAAUGCUUCUGUGGUUAUACAAACACCAAAAGUUGGUCGAUGGUAUAUUGCCAUUCAGCCUGUUAAUCUUUCAAAGGCACUGGGAGGGCUUCAGGACACGAGCAUUGAAGUUUGUUACUCCUUGGACUGGCAAGUGCUUCAGUGUCCUUUUGGUAAGGCUGGAUCAAGCUGUUUAUCAGAAACAUAUGCACUUCAGACAGUUCUCAGGAAAAAUACGUUUGGACCUUUUGAGUCGUAUUAUUUACCAGUCAGUAACAAGGUUUUGUCAGCUACUGCUAAUUUCCUUUUGGAACCUCUUUUGACGAACACCUCUUACCGAAGAAGUUUAGAUGAUGAUUGGACAUAUUUUCUUCUGGACAUACCGUCUGCUGCCGCUGGGGGUAAUAUGCAUAUCAGACUUUCAUCAGAUGUGAAACUUGAGUAUCAAAUAUAUGCUAGAUAUGGUGGGCUGUCAUCUCUUGAUAACUGGGAUUACUACUAUGCAAAUGCAACUAGCAGCAGCAGUAGUUCCAUGUUCUUCAAGGUCUAUGAAUCAAGUGAGGUUACUGUUAGUUUUUACAUUUUAUAUGUUAGAGGAGGAACGUGGAGUAUUGCAUUAAGGAAUCUAAUGCCUCCUGGUAGUGCUAACAAAAGCCAAACUACUAUGUCUAUUUCAAUUGAAAGAUGUCCGAGAAGAUGUUCCUCUCCUCAUGGGUCAUGUCAAACUGUGAUGGAUGCAAAUGGCUUGACACUAUACAGCUACUGUCAUUGUGAUAAUGACCACGGAGGGUUUGACUGUAGUGUUGAAAUUGUAUCACGCCAAGGUCACAUAUGGCAAUCAAUUUCCCUUAUUGCAUCCAAUGCUGCGGCUGUACUUCCUGCUUACUGGGCUCUUCGUCAGAGGGCAUACGCAGAAUGGGUUCUCUACACAUCUAGUGGGAUAUCUAGUGGAAUAUAUCAUGCAUGUGAUGUCGGCACCUGGUGCCCUCUAUCUUUUCAUGUCUUGCAGUUUAUGGAUUUCUGGCUUUCAUUCAUGGCUGUAGUGAGCACUUUUGUGUACUUGGCUACUAUUGAUGAAGCAUCAAAGAGAACAAUUCAAACAGUAGUUGCCAUUCUUACUGCUCUCAUGGCUGAAACUGGAGCCACCAGGUCAUCUAAUAUUAUUCUUGUAAUAGCAAUUGGGGCUGCGGGUCUACUUGUGGGGUGGCUGAUGGAGUUGGCUACUAAUUACAGGACACUUUCCUUAUCUCCUUUGUUCUCUGCAAAUAUUCUUCAUAGAUGGCAGAGGGUCAAGGAUUGGACUCGUGCUGUAAUAAAGAAAGUUAUAAAGCGUUUCCGUUGGGGAUUUAUACUAGCAGGGUUUACAGCCUUAUCGAUGGCUGCUAUUAGUUGGGAACUGGAAACCAGUGAAAACUACUGGAUUUGGCACAGCAUGUGGCAUAUUUCCAUAUACACUUGUUCUUUUCUCUUCCUUUGUUCAAAAGCAAAACUGGUUGAAGUUGAAAAUCAAAGACCUGUUGCUUUGGACUAUGAGUUAACUCGGCAAAAUUCAUUCUCGAGAGAAUAGUACAUAUAGGGACAAACUGGAUCAGCAGAUAUCUAAAGAUUUAGUGAAAAAGAAGAUCUCCGUUUGUAGCCUGGAGAUUUAUAGGCGCGAACUGCAAAGCAACCGUCUAAAGAAGCUGGGCAAUAUCACUUCUUUAGCUCUAGAUGCAGCCGAAGUUUAUAAGCUAGUGAACUUAGUGAUACAGCAAUAGUCUUUGUAAAUGAUGAGUGCAUCUUUUAUUGUGUGUUUUACAGGCAGAAAUCGUAUCAGUUGAAUCAAAUUUAUCUGUAUAUACUUAUCAAGCUGUAUACUAGUGGUAUGUCUUGAUAGCCUUGCGUUGGA